AUGGACAACAGCGAUAACCGGUUCUUUAGAGCAAGGAGGACACUUUGCGAAAUGCUUGAGGAUAGGGGAUAUAUAGUUUCAAGCCAAGAUAAAGAGGAAGACUUUCCAACUUUCAAAGAGAGAUUUGAGUCUCACCAGCGCCUGAGGUCUAGAAUGUUAAUGGUUGCUUCUCAUAAACAGGAUCAAACCAAACGAAUUAUUUGUUACUUUGCUGAUGAAUCAAAGAAAACAGGAGUCAAACCAAUUAGAGAUAUAGUAGAAAAGAUGGACGAGCAUACAAUACAACGAGCAAUACUAAUUUCCCAGAAUGUCUUGACAGCUCAUGCUAAGGUGGCUAUACUAGAUGCAGCUCCAAAACAUUAUAUUGAGAGCUUUUUAGAAAACGAGCUUUUGGUUAAUAUUACUAAACAUGAGUUGGUUCCAAAACAUAUUUUAUUAUCAGACGAAGAAAAGGCUCAGCUUCUGGACAGAUAUAAGAUCAAGGAAACUCAACUUCCAAGAAUUCAACAUGCCGAUCCGGUUGCUCGUUACUUUGGUUUGGCUAAAGGUCAAGUGGUCAAAAUUAUUCGUCCCUCGGAAACUGCAGGCAGAUAUGUCACUUACAGGUUAGUAGUAUAG